GAUGUUUAUAUAAAUAGUCUGCUCUCUGUUCUAUUUACUAUUCUCUCAAUUUGAUUCUGGAAUUAUACAGAUUAUUCCCCAUCAUUGAGAUCAUUUUCCAUAUCAUGGCUUAUUAUUGUGAGGAAAAAGUCCCGUUAGAAAAUAACCUCCAUGCUACUCAAAAUCAACAUGGGAAUCCAUUCUCCAACUACAAUACCACGUCCACAACACCCAGCGACAACGAACUUCUUUCUCAAGCACAAGACUUUGCACAUCAUGGUCCACCGCCCGAUUACUCCCAUCCCAAACUUCCCCGACCCAUUGCAGUACCACAAAUCGUACCUGGAAUCGGAAAGCCAUUUGCUCGCAUAUACGCACCCGUACUCUCCGACUACAACAUCAACUCGCAAGAUUUUGUAGAAUUCAUUGAUAAUCUCAAUGUUAUCGCCAGCGAGAACCCGCCUGUGCAGAUUACCGAUUUAGUGGGUGAUGCGCUAGACACGAUAUCAUAUCACUGGGCCCAACUCACUGAAAGCGGCGUACAAGUUCCCACGCAUCUGGGCAGCGUAGCUGUGAACAAGAGUAGAACUGAUACUUACAUGCAAAAUGCCAAUGCGAAAUUGUUUGCUCCUCGAGGACUGAAGGCUUCGAUUACUACCAUGGAAGCUAUGGCUGCUGUGUUACAGCUGCCACCUGAUAUAUUGAGCUUGGUUACGGUUACGGAUGAGAAUACGUAUGCUAGUGUUUUGGAAAGAAGGAUGGGUGCAGUCAGACCAUAUGUGAUGGAAACAACGCUUGAUGUUCCUCCACCCGCUGCACAAACGAAUGAAAUGGCGCAGAUGAGUGCGGCGCAAGUAGAGAGACAUAUAUCUAGGAACGACCAUCGAGCACGGAAAGACAGCGAUAAAAUCACUGCGAAGAGCGACAAGCGAGAAAACAAAGCACAGCGAAAAGUCGAGAAGGUUGAGAGGGAGAUGAGGAGAUUGGAUUUCGGAAUUGAGAGAUCGCAAAGAGAGCUGGGGGACUUGAGAGCUAGAGAGCCUGACAAGAAAGCGGAUAAGACAGAGCGGAAACUGGAGAAGGAAAGGAGAAAGCUAGAAGAUGCAAAGGGGAAGUUAGAGUAUACAAGAGGUGAGAAGAGUGAGGAUGGAGGGAGAGAAGAUAGGAGAGAAAUCGAAGAUAGCAGAUUGAAAGAUAGAAAGGCAUAUAAGGAGGUGAAACGGUCAAAGAAGAUCUUGUGGGUCCUGAUUGAAAACUUAUGAGAGGUUUUCUAUAUUGGAAGGAUACUCAGUUGUACCCAAAGCCGCUAACUUUGGAAGAGCUCAUGUCCGAUUCUCAUUGUCAAGCCCGUCAACGAGUUAAUAGUUGUCGCUAUAGACAUCGCGAUGUAUUGACAAUCCUCAUGUUCUCCUAGUCUACUCCAGAAUCUAUGUGAGUGAAAGAACUCAUUAGAAAACUCUGAAUGUUGAAAAGCGAUCCAUUAUAUGUAUAUAUAUAUAUAUAUUAGACCAUUUGAAUGUUCUGGUUGUGUGUAGAGAUUUGAAGUAAGGUUUCUUAUAAUUAAUUAACCUUAGAUAAUAGUACGGACUAUUGGAA